GGUUACUGCACUGUCUUUGUGUAUCAGUAGAACCGCACUGCUCUCUCUCUCUCUGUGCGUGCUUAUAAUUACACACACACACACACACACACACACACACACACACACAUUUUGUAUUAUUAUUCGUCUCAUUUAAACAUGGCGUCGAAGUGUCCUAGGUGUGAGAAGACGGUGUAUUUCGCGGAGAAAGUCAGCUCUCUGGGAAAUGACUGGCACAAAUUUUGUCUAAAGUGUGAACGCUGCAAUAAAACACUGAAUCCUGGAGGACAUGCGGAGCAUGAUGGAAAACCGUUCUGCCAUAAACCCUGCUAUGCUACACUGUACGGACCCAAAGGUGUGAAUAUCGGUGGUGCUGGAUCGUACCUGUAUGAAACCCCGGUGUCUGAGGCACAAACCACCUCCACAACCCCCAGAGCUGAGGAGUGGAAAACUACAGCACCAGCUAGAGGACCAGUGAAGGCUGCCAGUUUCUCAUCGUUUACUGGAGAACCGAAUCUCUGUCCCCGCUGCAACAAAACCGUUUACUUUGCGGAGAAGGUGAUGUCCCUGGGUAAGGCCUGGCACAGGCCGUGUCUGCGCUGUGAGAGGUGCAAUAAGACACUCACUCCAGGAGGUCACGCUGAGCAUGAUGGCCAGCCGUACUGCCAUAAACCCUGCUACGCUGUCCUGUUUGGACCUAAAGGUGUGAACACUGGAGGGGUGGGCAGCUACAUCUAUGAAGAGCCAAAUGCUGAGCCACAGUCAUGAAUCCAGCACGCACACACACACACACACACACACACACAAUACACACACAAUACACAGUUUGUGUUUUUAUAUUCUGCUUUAAUGUUCAGAUGAAUUAAACACUCAUCACUGUUACGUUAUUAUUAUUAUUAUUAUUAUUAUUGUUGUUGUGUCAGUGUUAAUUAUAUAAUGUGAGCUCAUUAAUAAACACUGUAUUUAUUUUA